AUGGUCGCAAUCAAGUCCGUGGGUGCCUUCGUCGGCUCCGUGAUGCUGUUGAGCAGCGUCGCGGCCGCCCCUUACCGGUUCGAAGCCGAAGCUGGCAACGGCGUUGCCGUCGUGCGUCGCUAUGCCGGUGAUGCUCCUACCACCACGUACGACGCUCCCCAACAGACCGACGGACCCGAGCCUGGUCAGGACGAUGACCAUCAGCAGCAGCAGGAUGGCGAUCACCAGCAGCACCAGGAUGACGAGACCACCAGUGUCGCGCACCCUGAGCCCACCGAGACUGGCGACCACCAGCAGCACCAGGAUGACGAGACCACCAGCGUCGCGCACCCUGAGCCCACCGAGACUGGCGACCACCAGCAGCACCAGGAUGAUGAGACCACCACCACCGACUCUCCUGAGCCUACCGAGACUGGCGACCACCAGCAGCACCAAGAUGAUGAGACCACCACCACUGCCUCCCCUGAGCCCACGGAGACUGGCGAUCACCAGCAACAUCAAGAUGAUGAGACAACCACCACUGCCUCCCCUGAGCCCACCGAGACUGGCGAUCACCAGCAGCACCAGGAUGAUGAGACCACCACCACCGACUCUCCUGAGCCCACCGAGACUGGCGAUCACCAGCAGCACCAGGAUGAUGAGACGACCAGCACGUCCAUCGUUGUCCCCACCACGACGUCCUGCACGGACAAGCCUACCGAGACCCCUGAGCCUACGGUCGAGCCCACCGAGACUCCUGAACCUACCGUUGAGCCCACCGAGACUCCUGAGCCCACUGUCGAGCCCACCGAGACUCCUGAGCCCACUGUCGAGCCCACCGAGACCCCUGAGCCUACCGUAGAGCCCACCGAGACUCCCGAGCCCACUGAAGAGCCCUCUGAAACGUGCACGGAGGAGCCUACUGAGACCCCUGAGCCUACGGAUGUCCCUGAACCUACCGAAGAGCCUACUGAGACUCCUGAGCCUACCGAUGUUCCCGAGCCCACUGAAACCUGCACAGAUGAUGAGCCCACCGAGACUCCUGAGCCCACCGAAACUUGCACGGACGAUGAGCCCACUGAAACUCCGGAGCCCACUGAAGUUCCCGAGCCCACCGAAACCUGCACCGACGACGAGCCAACCGAGACGCCCGAGCCUACCGAUCCCGUCCCCACCAGCGAGCCCGUGCCGGAACCCACCGACGUUCCGACUCUCCCUCCCGUCACUGACGAGCCAGUGACCUACACCUACACGGAGACUUCCUCCCCGGCCCCCGGCCCCACCGACGGCCCCAUUUACUCUGCUGCCAAGCGCACUGGCAUCGUUGGUCUCUCCGUCGCCGGUGUUGCCGGUGUUGCCGCCUUCUUCCUGUUCUAG